AACAGGUGGCUCCCGGCGACCGCGACACGAGGGGGCGGCCGACGCGACGAGAUCCCGAGGAAAGAACGUGAAAGAAAACGAAAAGAAAAUAGGCGUAACUGGAUCAUGUUUUUGUUUUUCUUUUUUCCAAAUCGUUAUGGGAAAGGUUGGUGAAUGAUUGGUACAGAAACAAAGACGAAAACAAAGCAAGGAGAUUAGAAAUUAGAGAAAGAGAGACGACAGAUAAACCACACAACGAAAAGAAACGAAAAUGAUACAAAUCAGACGAUAUUAGAAAUCAACAAGAAAAUUAUUUUUAAUAUUUAUUUUUUAUUUUUUAAUAUUUUCCGUUUUUUUUUUCUUUCUUUUUUUCGAAAGAACGUACUUGUUCAAGAGACAAAGGAAGCGACGACAGAGGCGCUAAGUAAGUGCUCUCCGAUUGCAGCCUUUGUCUCGAUGUUGCAAAGAAUGAAAACCAGAGAAAGAACAUAAAUUCUGUCUCUUGGAUGAACGAAAGAAUAUAAAAAAGGUGAUCAUUUUAUCCCCCAAAAAAGAUAAACAAACAAAAAAAAAAAAACGAAAUAUUGUGCUUUGUGGUUUAUUGAAAAUGUGUUUUGUCUUUUUUUUGAUGUGAUGGAAAAUGUUGAUUUGGAUCUGAACGAAUAAAAAUGACAGAGAGAGAGAAUAAUUAUGAUCUUUUUUGCUGUUUUGAAGUUUGAUUGUAGAUGUUAUCAUCAAAAUGUGGAAUGCAUAAAAUUAUGGCUUUGUUAAGAGGUACAAAUAAGAGGAAAUAAGAAACGAGAAAGACAGUGAUGAUAAAAAUGUGAAAACAAAGAAGAAGAAAAAAGAGAGAGGGAAAAAAAACAUACAGAAAAAAAAAACGAACGACAAAGACAAAUAUUUACCAAAGGAAUAAAUUAAAGAAAAAGAAGAAAAAGAAGAAGGAAAAGAAGAGGAGAGAGAGAGAAACAGAAAAUCUUCCGGAAUAGAGAAGGUUUUGGAUGGCCCAGGACCAGCGAGGCAACGAUGGAACCCCGAUCACUUUUAGCAAGGAAGGUUCACAGCAACAUAUAAUGUCUGAAGAUGUCAGCAAGGUGGACUAGACUACCCCCUCUACCUCGAGAUCGUCUAGCACAGCUGUUCCCUCGACGUCGCUCUCGAGUCUCCUCCUCCUCAGAUGGAGCUCCUGGCGAGACUCCUGAGGCUCGUUAUCUCGCCGCCACGAAGGAACUUGUCCUCACGAGGUACACUCACCAGAGCACAACGAGGAUGAACUCUGAGUGUGAAAGCUAUGACGAUAGCACGGAAGAAAACAUACAGAUAAUACAGAAGGAUAUGGAAGGAGAUGAGAAGAGAUCUAGCGGUUCUUCUUCUCCUCCCAAACACUUGUGCAGUUCGAUCAAAGAGAAGCUCGAGCAUACGAAGGAGCAGAUGCAGCAGACGCGGAAGAAGAGCAGCAACAAGGUAGGCGUGGAGAUGCCUGCGGACGUGGACUCCAGCUGGGACCGCCCGCCCCCGUGCCUCUCCGCCCGCUUCAGGGUGGCCAGCGGCGCCAGCCAGUUCCGCGAAGUCAACUUCAGCGUGCCGGCCGCUGGUGGUUUUGGGGCGCUCGCCAAGGUCGAGCCUGAGGCCGAGGAGGGCAAGGUCGAGUCGGCGGUGUUCGGCAGCACCCAGCACUUGCCGAAGGCGGACGAAGAAGAGGAGGAGGGGGCGAAUGCUGAAGGCGGCGAGGGCGUCGGCGAGGCGGGAGAAGGACAAGGCGACGAGAAGGAACCGGACGACGCUGGCGACGCCGAGAAGGCAGGGACGUCCUCAGACGGAGAGAAGGCGGACUCGGCGUCCAGAAUUGGGGAAGACCUAGAAGCGACGGUCGACGAUAAGGGCGGCCGCCGGUCGGAGGAGAAGUACGCGAUCGAGAGCGCCGACGCCUCGCAGGAGCCGGACCAGAGGGCGAGCGGCAGCGGCGGGGCGGUGGCGCGCCGGCUGGUCCAGGUCCCUCAGAGUCUCAACCUGGCCAGGAACGGCGCCGUGGAGUCCGAUUUCCUCCGCUUUUCGUCGGGCGCCAGCACCAGCAAGGGCGGGGACCCCCGCGGGUGUCAGACGUCCCUCGGGGGCUCCAUGACGGAGGACACGGAGCUCUCGUGCGGGUCGACGAGGACGCUGGACGACGAGGAAAGGAAGCCAACGAGGCCCCUGGCGCCGAAGGACGAGCGCGAGAGGCCCGUCCUCACCGCCACGUCCCUGGCCAUCUACACGAACAUCGAGCAGAACGGGUCGCGCUCGGGCACGUGCCUCCUGUGCACCACCGCCGUCUGCACCUUCAUCGUGACCAUGGUCCUUGCUGUCGGCAUCCUGAUCGCGCCGAAGACGCUCGCCGUGAAGGAACCGACGAAACGGCCGCUCCCGGAACCCGCGCCGCCGGCGCCGCCCGCUCUGCCCGCCGGCACCAACGCCUCCUCAGAGACUCCCUCCGUAGCGGCUCUGCACGUCCUGACGAUCACUCGGAUGCAGAGGGCUCGUCAGGUGGUCGACCGGGAGCGCGCUGCUAGCACGCGCUCUGUGACGACCACGCCUCCCGCGACGUCAGGGCACGCGCCGGCCACAAUGCCUAUGCACCUUGCAUCCCCCACAGCUUCUGCAACGCACUCCUCCUCCGCAAGACACACGGAUUACACCCUCAAGUUCCUCAGAUCAAGCGUGCACUCGCCCUACAGAGAAGCCAGCUUUUCUCCCUCGAGAUCCUCUCCCGCCACGGCCGUCACACCGCUCGCCGGGCUUUCCACCUCGACAUUGUUUCGCAAAAUGAUGUUUCCCUCAUUAUCCUCCGGCGUCACUUCUCCAUCGUCAUCGCCUCCCGAAAACACUUCCCCGCCGUCCUCCCCCGAACAUUUCCUCCCUUCUUCAUCGCCUGCAGACGCACUCAUAACCUCCUCCUCCUCCUUCAGGCAAACCCAAAACCCCAUCGCCGCCCACAUACAUACGCCGCCCAUGACUUACACCCCAGACUCAUCCUCCGCGAGAAAUGCCACAGCGACUGCGUCAUCUGCAUCGCCUUCGUCAGGAUAUUACUCGCCCACCACGACUCUCCUCCCUCCUACAUCUACGGGGCGAGAGAGAAGGGAUUAUCUGUCGGAAGAGAGAGUUCUGUUAUUCGGACAAAGCCAUCGUAAAAAGCGAAUGAACUGAUUGCUAGAGAGAGAGAGAGAGGCAGAGAGGGAGGGAGAGAGUAAGGGAGAGAGUAAGGAAGAGAGAGAUCGAGAGAAAGAGGGAGAGAAAGAGGGAGA